UUUGCUGCUUGUCUUCCUGUUGGCUCAUCUCAAAUUCGAUUUUUUUGGUUGUUUUGGUAAUAAGUUCAUCCGAGCCCCUUGGAAGAGAGCACGAGCUCUCUGAUUGAGGUUUUUUGGCUCCUCCUUCUCUGUUUCUGUACAUCUUUGGUCGAUCCAGGUCCGCCUAAUCUUCUUGAUGGAUAGUUUUCAUCAUAUUUAUUGUGAUUGUGACUUUGAGUCUUCUUUGCUGCUUUUGAGGUUAUGCCAAUUAGGCUUUCUGAACGUUUCUGUUCCUCAUCUAUAUCGAUGUUUUGCUUCCAACAGAAGAGGGAAAACAGCUUUGCUUCAGAACUCGUUGUUUAAACUUGUGCGGCGCUAGCUCUUUGUUGAAGAAUGGUUGGUGGGAGGCCUUUAACGGGACACUUGGACAUUUGGUUCAAGCACCUCAUUGUGUCUGGUGGUGGAAGGAAGAUAGAGAAGGCGGGAGAUAUGAUGGUGGGGUGGAAGGAUCUUCCGAUGGAGCUUUUACUGCGAAUCCUGUCUCUCUUGGAUGAUCAAACGGUGAUUGUGGCUUCAGGUGUUUGUACUAGCUGGAGAGAAGCUUUGUGCUUGGGGCUCACAAAGCUUUCUCUAUCAUGGUGCAAGUAUCACAUGAACAGUCUUGUGCAGUCACUUGCCCCCAAGUUUGUCAAGCUGCAGGUUUUGUCUCUUAGACAAAAUCAUAGAUCUCAGCUAGAGGAUGGCUCUGUGGAGAUUAUUGCUGGUUACUGCCAUGAUUUGCGGGAUUUGGACCUUAGCAAAAGCCUCAAGCUGAGUGACAGUUCUUUGUUUCUUUUGGCUCAUGGAUGCUCUCGCCUGACGAAACUCAAUAUCAGUGGAUGUGAAGGUUUUAGUGAUUCUGCUCUUGCAUACCUUGCUACUCACUGUAAAAACCUGAAAACCUUGAAUCUUUGUGGAUGUGUGAGGGCUGCAACUGACAGAGCUCUACAGGCUCUCUCAUGCAAUUGCAGUAAACUACAGUAUUUAAACUUGGGCUGGUGUGAGCGUGUUAGCGAUGCUGGAGUUACCAGUUUGGCAGCAGGCUGUCUUGAUAUUAAGGCUUUGAACUUGUGUGGUUGUGUACAAAUAACAGAUGAGAGUGUGAUUGCAUUAGCAAAUGGUUGUCUUCAUCUAGGAUCUCUGGGUUUGUAUUACUGCAAGAACAUCACAGACAGAGCCAUGUACUCACUUGCAAACAGCCGCUUGAAGAGGAAGCGGGGGCUGUGGCAAGACAGCAGUCGCGAACAAGGUGGGCUAGUGAAUUUGAACAUCAGCCAGUGCACAGCCUUGACAGCGGUUGCGGUUCAGGCAGUUUGUGACUCGUUCCCAGGACUACAUACCUGCCUGGGGAGGAAUUCCCUCAUCAUAAGUGGCUGCCUAAACCUCACUUCCGUGCAUUGCUAUUGUGCUAUUCAAACUCAUCAGGCCAGUAACAUAGUCUCUGCAGACCAUGCUUACUAGCAAAAUAUGUUUUGCAGCGCUUGAAUGGAUUUAAAAAACAUAAGACAAAUCCCUCAUCAGGCGAGUCUGUAGAUCGUAUAUUCUGUCUUCGCUCUCCUUGUUGCAGGGUUGAUAUGUACAUAUGUAAGAUUUAUGGUCAUGUUUUCUCUAACGAUCGGUAUGUGCAUUAGGCUAGGGUGCAAAAGGCUGUUCAGUGUUGUUUUGAUGUUAAUGAUCAGUCGGACCCUUUGGUUGCUAUCUA